GUCAUCGCUAUGUAUGAAAUACAUUAAUGCGUUAAGCUUACAGGCACCCCAGGCUUGCUCAGCCUCGGUGAGCUUCUUAACAACGAAAUUUUGAAAACGUCAUGAUUGUACUAGGUUGCAUAAUGUACUAAACACAAUACUGUUAGCUAUCCUCGCCACUUUCGAAUUCAAGGUCACAUGAAGCAGCUUUAAUGCCCGAGCUGCUGCAUGGCUUUGCUUUAGCCUACUAAACAUACCCCUGGUCCACGAGCUAGGGGUAUAACUCCCGUCCCGCUUUGCGGUCCUUAAAAGGGAUCUGGCCAUGUUCGGAACGGGCGGGACCGGAGCUGCCGGCGGGUUUGGCGGAUUUGGCGGAUUUGGCGGAGCAGCGGGAGCAGGUGGAGCUGGAGCAGGCGGCGGAGGCGGCUUCGGGCGUGGAGGCGGGGGUGGCUUCGGCAAGCCCGCGGGGGGUGGCUUCGGCGCGGGGGCGAUGCUGUUCGGCGCGGCACUACCCUCCGGCGGGCAGGCCGCGCCUGGUGGUGGCGGCGGCGGCGGCGGCCUUGGCGGCGGAGGCGGUGGCCCCGGGCGCGGCGGCCGCGGUGCCGGCUUUGGUGCGGGUGCUGGCGCGGGCGAACCCGGCCUUGGCGGUGCCCCGGGCGCCGGCGGUGGCCGCGGCGGCCGUGGUGGCGCCGGUGCCGGUGGUGGCGUCUUCGCACGCGUCCAAGCUGCAGCGUCAGCUGCCGCCGGGGCCGCCGGCGGUGGCGGCGGCGGCGGCGGCGGCCCGGGUGGGCUGGCAGGCCGGGGCGGCGGCCGCGCCGGCGGCCGCAUGGCUGCACCCUGGGGCGGCCGGCAGGGCGGCCGCGGCGGCGCCUCUGACGGCACUGCCGGUGGCGGGAGCUUCGGUGGCGGCCGGGGCGGCGGCGCGCAAGGCGGCUUCGGCGGCCCGGGGCGCGGCGGCAGGGGCGGUCGCGGCAUGGCACCAGGUGGCGCGGGUGGCGGGGAUGCGCUGGGCCGCGGUGGCCGCGGCGGCCGCGGCGGAGGCCGGCUCACCUGGACUCGCGACGGCGGUGACGGCGGCGGCGGCGGCGGCCGCGGCCGCACUGGCGGCAUGCAAGGGGGCCGCGGAGGUCGCGGCAACACAGGCGCCGGCUUCGGCGGAGCAGGGGCCUAUGCGGGCGGCUUCGGCGGCGGUGCCGCAGACGGCGGCGGGGCUGAGGAGAUGGAGGCGGAUGCUGACAUGGGGGACGCGGAGGGCGGCUACUACGAGGGAGCUGAGGGUGAGGGCGAGGCGGGUGACUACUACGGCGGCGGUGGCGGCGGCGGCGAGGAAGAGGGCGCACAGGACUAUGAUGCGGACGGCGGCGGCGGCGAGGAGGAGGAGGUGUUUGAUGAGGAUGCGGCCAGGAGGGCGGCGCUGGCGGCCAUGCCGCAGUUCUUGGGGUCUGGUGACGGCGGCGGCGGUGGCGGCGGCGCCGCCACUGCGGCGGCACGCGCGCGUCCGACGGUGGCGACGCCUGGCGGCUUCGGCAAGAGCGGCGGCGGCGGCGGCGGUGGCGGCGGCGGUGGCGGUGGCGAGGAGGAAGACGAUGCGGCGCGCAAGGCGAAGCGGGCGCAGCGGUUCGCGAGCCCCGCGGACGUGCCGCCGCCGGUGUCGGCUGGAGGCGGCGGCGGCGGGGGCGGCAUGAGCACUCCCGUGCGGCGCAAGGCGCUUGCUUGGGCGCCGGAGGCGGCGGAGGAUGUUGGCGGCGGCCUCGGCGGGCGCUCUCCGUCGCCGUCGCCGCCGCCGGCUUGGUCGCCGGCACCAGGGGGCGGCGGCGGUGACGCCAUGGACGAUGAGGAGGGCAGCGGGCCGGCGCUGGUGGGCACGUGUGAGCUCAUGUGCCCGGUGGCGGAGCGCAAGCGGCGAGAGACGUCCGGCGAGCUAAACAUCUUUGAGCGCUGCGACCCGCUCAACACCAAACUCACGCACGAGUCGCUCAUCAUCAAAAAGGCGCGCAAGAACUACAGCGACGAGGACAAGCAGCCGCACAGCCUGCGCACCUUCCCCGCCCUGCGCGCCACCAUGGCCCGACUGCGGCAGCUGCUGGCGGCGCCCGACGAGGCCCAGCUGGCGGCGGCCACACACCAGACCCCCGCGCAGUGCCUGCUGGCGGUGCAGGCGUUCCUGUGGGACCGGUACAGGGAGGUGCGCAAGGAGAUCAUCGCGCAGCACUUCCACACGCGGCCCGACCUGCUGCCCGAGGUGCUGGCCUGGAACGAGGAGAUCGCGCGCUUCCUCAUCAUCUCCAGCCACGAGCUGUGGGGCAAGGAGGGCUUCUCCGCGCAGCUGAACCAGGAGCAGCUGAAGAAGGUGCUGACAGACCUGGUGACGCGCUUCUACCCCGCAGCCGCCAAGCACGGCCUGCCCACGCCCUGCUCCGCCGAGAUGAAGUGCUACCUGCUUGUGCUCAUGGUGGGCGGCACCAUUGAGAAGAACGGCCGCCGCUUCCGGCAGCGGCAGGAGGCCAUGCAGUACGUGCGGCAGUACACACAGGAGGAGCAGGCCUCCGACUGGACGCGCGCCCUGUACGCGCUGCUGCCGCUGCUGGAGCGCGGCGACGCCCUGGGCGUGUUCGGCUUCCUGGCGCGCGCGCCCUACACGCUGGCGGCGGUGUGCGCCAGCCACGUCAUGCCGCUGAGGGCGGGCGCACUGGCGGCGCUCAGCCUGGCGCUGGGGGGCGUGCCCGCCUCCGACCCCCGCGCCCGCCCGCCCACGCCGCUGCCCGCCAUGCCGCUGGGCGACCUGGCCCGCGUGCUGCACACCAGCGAGGGAGUGGCGGCGGACUUUGCGGAGAAGAAGGGCGCGCUGGUGCAGCCGGGGGCGGCGCCGGGCCAGCGCGACGUGUCCUUCCCGCACCUCAUGAGCUCCAAGGCGCCCAAGCAGACGUCCCAAGCCUGGAUCACCGCCAAGCGCUCCCCCCUGGCCCGCAACGCCGACUGCGUGCGGCCGCCCGCCCUCACGCCCGACUUCCUCGAGUUCCUGGACCGGCUGAGGAGCGGCAGGACCGCGGGGGCGCCGCCGCCGCCGCGGGCCGCCACGCCGCCGCGCUCGCCGGCCCUGCAGCCGGCGGCGGCAUCCAGGGGCGAUGCGGCGCGUGGCGUGGGCCGGGCCCAGCAGCAGCAGCAGCCUGUGGCGCAGGGGCUGCAGGCGGGGGGCUGGGGGCAGCCGGGAGCAGCGAUGGGAGCGGCUGGGGCGGGCAGCAAGGGGUUUGGAGUGCAGGGCGGCGGCGGCGGUGGAGGUGUGGGCGGCGGCGGCGGCGGCAUGAUGGGGUCUCCAGGCCGGCCGAUGGCGGCGCGGCUCGGCGCGGCGCAAGAGCAGCCCUUGGCCUUCGGCUCGCCCACAAACGGUGGCAGCAGCCGCAACCGAGUGCCCAUCCCCGGGCCGGAGGGCCCAGCCGCCGCCGCAGCCGGCCUGCCGGCCUCGGGCGGCGCCGCACCUGCAGCCGCGCCGCCAAACGCCAUCACGGCAUCCUCCGUGUUCGGGCCCGCGGCUGGGUUGGCGGCGCAAGGGCAGUUGUCGUUUGCCGGCGGGCAGGCGCCGGCGGCCUUCGGCGGCAGCGGCACGGCCGGCGGCGGCGGCGCGCCCGGCGGCGGCGGCGGCGGCGGCGGCUUUGCCCAGCAGCAGCAGCAGCAACAGCAGAUGCUGCAGCCGCCGUCGUCGUACCAAGCUCUGCCGCCGCCGCAGCCGGCGCUGCCGCCGCCGCACAUGGUGGACAGCAUGGCCGCGAUGCUGGCGGCGGCGAAUGAGACGGCGGCGGCGGAGCGGGCGGCGGCGGCGAGCGCGCGACACGCGGCGGAGGCUGAGCGGCGGCACGGGCAGGAGCAGCAGAGGUUUUACGCCGCGCAGUUGGAGGCGGCGGUGGCGGCGGCGAGGCAGGCGCAGCAGGCGGUGGCGGACGCGCGGCGGCGGGAGGAGGCGCGGCAGCGGGAGGUGGAAGCGCUGAGGCUGGGGCAGCAGGCCAAGGCCAUCGAGGAGGCCGUGACCUCGGCCUGCCUGCGGUCCGGCCUGGAGGCGCUGCGCCGCCGCCUGGCCGCCCGCCGCGCCGCCAACGACCGGCUGCGGCGCCAGAUGGCGGGCGUGUCGGUCACCUACGUGCGCGGUGGCAGGCCGCUGGACCUGCUGGGACUGGGACUGGGCAUGGGCCGCGCGGCGGCGGCGGGCGUGGGCGGCGGCGCAAUGGCGGGAGGCGGCGGCGGAGGUGGCGGGCAGCGCGGCAGCCAGGCGGCUGGCCGCAAGCGGCCCUACGAGCACGAGUACGCACACGCCCCGCCUGCGCACCUGACUGGUGCCGCGUCCGCCGCGUCCGCCGCCGCGGCCGCGGCUGCUGCGGGCGCGGUCGUGCCCCACAUUGAUCUGGCGGCGGCGGUGAUGCCGGGCCUCUGCCGGGCGCUGGCUGCGGCGCCGCUGGCGGCACGCGUCAGCCGCGGCGGAAACGGCGGCGGCGGUACUGCGGCGGCGGACGACGGCGACGGCGCGUCCUGGACCUGGGGACCGUCGGUGGCGGCGGUUGGGUCGGCGGCGGCGCCGCCGGGCCGGCGGCUGGUGUGGAAGCUGUUGCUGCUAAGCGGUGCGUUGGAGCCGGCGGCGCGCUGCAUCAGCUCCCUGCAGCUGGAGGCGGCGGCGUGGCUGCGCGCGCGGCUGUCGUGCGGGCGCAGUGCGGGCCCGAGGCCGCAGCGGCGGCAGCUGCCGGGCGGAUUGGGGGAGGUGCUGACGCUGGCGCCGGUCGCCGCCGCCCUGGCGCCCGCUGACAACGGCCGCGGCGGGCGGGCUGAGGCAUGGGACUUCACGCUUUGUGUGGAGGACGUCAGCGCGCUUGGCCUCGGGGCAGCGGCCGCCGCCGCCACUGCCGGGCCGUCGACACCAGGCAGUGGCCGGCGGGGCGGCGCGGGCGCAGCCGCCGCCAGUGCCAAUACCAAUGCUGCGGCCGCCGCUGCAGCGGCGGCGGCGUCUGUGGCGGCGGCGGUGGGCGGUGUGUUGAUGCUGGUGGACGGGCGGCCGUUUGAGGAGGCGCUGGCGGCGGGCGCGUCGCACGAGGAGGCGGCAGCGGAGGCGGCGCAGGACCUGGCGGAGAGCUGGCAGCGGCUGCGCGCAGUGCUCGCCUGCCUCCCGCCCGCCACCGCCGCUCACCAAGCCGACCCGGCCCAGCAGCCGCCGCAGGUGCCCGUCAUCGUCCUCACACUCGCCUCCUCCGACGCCGCUGACGCCAUCGGCGCCCACCUCGCCGCCACCGCCGCCGCCGCCUGGCCGCCGCCACUGGCGGCGCGCGUGCUCAGCGUCGCCGACGGCGGCGGCGCUACUGGCGGCGGCGGCGUGCGCGUGGCGUCGCUGGCGGAGGCGCCGGAUGAGGUGUUGCGGCGGGCGCUGGCGGCGCUGGCGGAGGCGGCGCCGGUGCUUGAGCCGGUGGUGCCGGUGGACCUAGAGGGACUGGCUCGCGGCGCGGUGGCGGAGGUGGUGGCGGAGAUGGAUGCCCGCGCCGCCGAGCAGCGGGCGCUCCGGCUGAACGGCGGCGGUGGCAGUAGCAGUGGUGCCGGUGGCAGCUGUAGCGCGGCAGACACGGUGGCGGCGUUCAAUGAGCUGCUGUCGGCGUAUGAGGCGGCGGCGGCGGCCACGGCCGCGUCGCCGUCGGCUCGCUGGGGCCUGCCGACGCCCGAGCUGGCCGCCUCCGAGUCGGACGCCGCGCCCGCCUGCUGGUCGCCCGACCGUCAGGCCGCCGCGCUGGCCGCACUGCGCGCGCUGCGGCUGCCGCCGCCGCCGCCGCCUCAGGCCCAGCUGCCCGGCGGCUCGGCGCUCCUGCCGCAGCUGCUGGGCCAUGUGGCCACCUGGGCAGCGGCGUCGGCGGCGGCGCCGAGGCAGCUGCUGCUGCUGGCGCCGCUGGCGCCCUCGCCGGCGCCGCCGGGCGGCGCUGCGGGCUUCGGCUCCUCGCUGGCCACUCGCCGCCUCGCACUGCCCGCGCCGGUGGCGGCGCCUCCGGCGGCGGCCGCCGCUGUAGCGGCCGCCGCAGCGACGCCGUCAACGGCUGGCGGCUUCGGCGGCUGGAGUACUUCGCCGAUGGCGGGGUACCCAGCAGCGCCGUCACUGAUCCAUACGCCGGCUUCGGUGGCUACAGCCGCUGGCGGCGCCGCUCCCAGCGGCGGCGGCGGGGCUGUUGCUACAGCCACCGCCCCAGGCAGCGCGCCCGCCACGUCACUGACGCACAGCCGCUACGCGGCGCUCAUGCACGACGCCAUGAACACGCCGCCGCCAGGCGUAGCGGUUGUAGCAGCGGCGGUAGCUGCUACAGCCGGCGGUGCUACAGCCGGCGGCGCCGGCGGCGCGUGGGAUGUUUCGCCGGCGGCGGCUUCGAUGGCGUCGAUGGGUGCUCGGUCGCCUGUAGACGGUCUGUUUGGGGAUUACAGUGGCGCCGGCGGCGUGGGCAGGCCUGCUACUGCUGGCGCCAGUGCUGGUGCUACUGCCGGCGCGGCGGCAGGGCAGGAGGGCGAUGUCAAGCGACAGGGCUGGGAGGUGCUGCAGCGCCUGAACGCCGUCCUCAAACGCCAGGCGUGAGGAAGCACGUGGGCGCCAUGGCGGGGCGGUUGUGAUGUGGUGGUGUGGGGUGGCGGGUGUGCCGGCGAGCGGGCCGACACCUGCCUGGUGGCGGGAAGGCGGCGGCGGCGACGGCCGUGCGGGGGCGACUUGCUCACGUGCCCCUACUGCCGCUGGUGGGCAUGGCCGCCACAAGGGAAUACUGCGUGCGAGCAAUUGUGGUUUACGUCGACAACAGCUUUAGGCACAAGAAGGCAGGUCAGGCGCAGUCGCAGACAGAUAGAAUCAGGUUUGUGUAUGGUGGUGGUGGUCAGGCGCGCCCAAUACUUGCAGAUGCCAGGACUUCGCAUUGGUGACCUUUUAGAAGAGUGCGAUGCCCUGGACCAUUCAUUCGCGCGUGUUGCCAGAAGUCCAACUGACGGAAGACGGCAACAAUGCGAGCCAGGGUGCCGCAUGGGCGCAUAACAGAUGUAACCCUGCCAGGUGUCAACGGACACCGCUGGCCACUGGUGGGAGUGUUUGAUUCAGCGGCCGCAGUACCGGAGUGUGCGUUCCGCCGGCACGGGAAAGGGCAAAGGGGGCGCCCGUGAGGCCACGGCGACACGGCCUCAGUUCAGGCGGUAAAGGACGGCGGGCAGGCUUGUCCAUGUCAGCGCCUUGAGGCGCCAAGGGAUGUCAGUCAUGCCACUCAGUCACUGUGGCACGGGCGCCUAGCUGAGCCGGUCGAUGACUGCUGUGUGUUGAAACAGGGCGCGCAACCGGUGAAGACUGCGCGAGUGAAUAUUAAA